AAGGCGCUGAGGAACUCACGCAUCGUCAGCCAGAAGGACGACGUCCACGUCUGCAUCAUGUGCCUCCGUGCCAUCAUGAAUUACCAGUCCUGGGUUCAGCCUCGUGAUGAACCACCCGGCCUGUGUCAAUGAGAUCACACUGAGCCUCAACAACAAGAACCCCAGGACUAAAGCUCUCGUCCUGGAGCUGUUGGCUGCUGUCUGUUUGGUCCGAGGGGGACACGACAUCAUCCUGGCUGCAUUUGACAAUUUCAAAGAGGUCUGCGGUGAGAAGAACCGCUUUGAGAAGCUGAUGGAAUAUUUCCGAAAUGAAGACUGCAACAUUGAUUUCAUGGUUGCUUGCAUGCAGUUCAUCAAUAUUGUGGUCCACUCUGUGGAGAACAUGAAUUUCCGGGUCUUCUUGCAAUAUGAGUUCACACAAUUGGGACUGGAUGAUUACCUAGAGAAGCUGCGCUAUUCGGAGAGCGACAAGCUGCAGGUGCAAAUCCAAGCCUACCUGGACAACAUAUUUGAUGUGGGCGCCCUGCUGGAGGACACCGAAACCAAAAACGCUGUCCUGGAGCACGUGGAGGACUUGCAGGAGGAAGUCGGACAGCUGGCAGAGAAACUCCAGGAUGCCGAGAACGAAUCCAUGGCCAAAGUCGCAGAGCUGGAGAAGCAGCUGUGCCAGUCGCGCCGCGAGGUGGAGGCCCUGAGAGCACGGACCACGGGCAAUGAGCAGGAUAGGACCAACAGUCCAAGGAGUCCCUCUUUGCUACAAAUGCCCCAGCCUCAGGGGUCUCUGCAGUACCUUGCCUUGGAGCGCAAACUAGAGGAACUCGAAGACAAGGGGCUAAUCCGGAUUCUGCGCGGACCUGAUGCAGAUGUCAUCGUUGGCAUUGAGGUCAUCCCGGUCAUUGUGGAAGCCUCAGGAGCCUCUUCAGUUACGAUUGAUGCACCUUCGUCAACCAGCACAGAUUUUCCUUCGCCGUCUACAUCUCCUGUUCCUCCUCCUGCUCCUGAAAUCCCACCAGCCCCGCCCCUGCCUUUCACCAAGGACAGCAGCUCCUUGGUUCCUUCAUCCUCUCAAGAGGAAGCUCCUCCUCUUCCCCCUCCAGCUCCGCCCCUUCCAGGGACCAGUGUCCCUCCCCCUGCCCCGCCCCUUCCUGUGUCAGGAACUACAGCUCCGCCUCCACCACCACCGCCACCCCUCCUGCCAGCGGACGGUCCAGUUCCUCCUCCUCCUCCCCCUCCACCAAUGGCUGAUGGUACAAAUCUCCCAGGAGUGACAGUAACCCCAGCCGUCAAGAUCAAGAAGCCAAUACAAACAAAAUUCCGGAUGCCCAUCUUCAACUGGGUAGCUCUGAAGCCCAACCAGAUCAACGGCACGGUCUUCAACGAACUCAACGACGAGAAGGUCCUUCAGGAGCUUGACAUGAACGACUUUGAGGAGCAGUUCAAAACCAGAGCUCAAGGCCAGGCCCGUGAGCUCCCUGCCCUGAAGGCAAAGGCUUCCCAGAAGAAAGCCCCCAGCAAAGUGAUGCUGAUUGAAUGUAACCGGGCCAAGAACCUGGCCAUCACGCUUCGCAAGGCGGGGCUCAGCAUCGACGGCAUUUGCAAGGCCAUCCAGGUAUACGACCUGCAGUCCCUCAGCCUUGACUUCCUGGAGUUGUUGAUGCGCUUCAUCCCCACGGAAUACGAGCUGACGGUGAUUCGCAAGUACGAGAAGGAGCAGCGGCCGCUGGACGAGCUUUCGGAUGAGGACCAGUUCAUGAUUAAAUUCAGCAAGAUCCCUCGCCUGGCAGAACGCAUGAACAUCAUGACCUUCCUGGGCAACUUCGGAGACACCGUCCAGCUCCUUCUACCCCAACUCAAUUCCAUCAUCGCUGCUUCGAUGUCGCUCAAGGCUUCUACCAAACUGCGCCAGAUUUUGGAGAUUGUCCUGGCGUUUGGGAACUACCUGAAUAGCAGCAAGCGGGGAGCGGCCUAUGGGUUCCGCUUGCAGAGCCUUGACGCGCUCCUGGAUAUGAAAUCCACAGACCGGAAGCAGACGCUGCUUCAUUACAUCGUGCGGGUGAUCCAGGAGAAAUACUCCGACCUCACAAACUUCGCCAAUGACCUGCACUUCCUGGAAAAAGCAGCCGCAGUAUCCCUGGACAGCGUGCUCCAAGAUGUGCGGGGCCUACAGAAAGGCAUGGAGCUCACGCGCAAAGAGUUCAUGCGCCAGGAUGACAGCGCUGUGCUCAAGGACUUCCUCAAGGCAAACACAGAGGUGAUGGAGAAGCUCCAGGCCGAUGGCAAAACUGCACAGGAAGCCUACGAGUCGACAGUGGAGUAUUUUGGGGAAAACCCCAAGACUACCCCUCCAACAAUGUUCUUCCCCACCUUUGUGCGCUUCGUCAAGGCAUACAAGAAAGCGGAAGAAGAUAUCCAGUUGUGGAAGAAGCAGGAAGCAGCGGCCAAAGUGGAAGAGGUCAACUCCCCCAGCCAGGAAGAAAAGGGAGCUCCAAAGUCUCCCACCCACAAGGCCAAGCGGCAGCAGAUGGACCUCAUUUCUGAGCUGAAGAAGAAGCAGCUGGUGAAGGAGCCCCUCAUUUACGAGGAGAAAGAUGGAGCCAUUGAGGACAUUAUUACAGGCCUGCGCAACCAGCCGUACCGGCGGGGGGACACCGGUCGGCACAGCGCCAGGAAACGGGCCGUGGGGCAGACGCUGCAGGUGACUGCCGACAUCUCGCUGUGACAGCCCCGAAUGAGAACAGCAAGCUAGCCAAGCCUUGGUUUGGGGGCGCGAGGCAAGGACUGGGGGGUUCCUGGCCGACGGGCUUGGACCAAAAGCCCCUCACAACCAAGGAACGACAAAAACUCAGGGCAGGACGAUCCCUUCCCUCCUCCGCUUUUAAAGCCAUUUGUGGGCUUAUGCGCACAACAACCCUGCCAAUUCUCCUGCCCACGGGGAUCAACGCCGCUUCGUUUUGAACUUCGUUUUCUCAGCCACGUCGGACGGCCCUAAGGUGGAACUAUGGCAGGGGCUGCUCUGCCAACUAGGACAGCAGGUGGUUCUGGAAGGUGAGUCCAGCCAUUGCAACACCAAGCCAAGAAUGAAAACCUUCCACAGCCUGGAAUGUUUGCGACUGCAGACUCCCUCGGGAGGGAGGAAGCGGAACCGACAGGGUCUCGAUUCCUCCUCCCAGCUUGCCCAUAUCCCUUUCCCCCGCCUCAUCCAGCUGGGCCAUUUCAGUCUCCUUUAAUCCUCCACUUCCUCCUCCGGCCUGGAGAAGACAGCCAGUGUUUGCAGGCCAGUUUUCUCCCAUCUGACAUGAACGGUGCUGUUUGAUCCGAGCGAGUAGUCGUACGCUUGCAGGAAGGUUACUUGCCCAGGAAUGUGUAACCUCAGGAUCAUUAAAGCCAUUGAAGUGGUGCAACGAGGGGGUCCACAAGGACUUUGCCGGGCGUGGGGUGGGGCAGCAAGCACCCUGUACAAAACAGCUCCAGCACUUUUUAAACCACCUUGGGCAGGUGCCACGACUGCCUUGGCCUUGUAGGACGCAAACGGCAGGCAGCACUUCAGGUUUAUGCUGUAGAGAGGGCUAACAGCCUGUGUAGUUUUCUCCCUUUGCAACAUUUUGGCUGGCAGAGGCCCGGCUGAGGAUGCCUGGGAGUGGUGUCUUAAGCCCCUACCAAGGCUGUCGUGGUUCUAGAUGACCCAGGAAUCUCUGCUGCCCUCCAUAUUUUCAUGAGGGCAACGAGACCAGAGUUUGAUCAGUGAACAUAAGCAGCCAGAGUUGCCCUUCCUUCCACCAAGGCUCCCCACCACCACCUGAAGUCACUCCCCUUGUGCACGUCUUAAGAUGGGAAGUGCCCAGCCGCUAAGGAGGAAAGAAGACUGGGCUCUAAGCAGGAGACGUAAAUCUUCCUAAAUAUAAUGUUUGGUUAAAGUUAUGAAUAUAAUUUCAGCUUCUUAUUCUAGCACAACGGCCAUCCCUAGGAAGCAGUUGCGAUCCGUGGAACAGUCUCUCAGGAUUUAAGUAUUUGGCACAGGCGGCACUUUGGCAUUUUUGAAACCAACACGCUCUGACGCAGAGAAGCUCAGAGGCUUCGUGACAAUCAAAACGGGGGAGCCAAGUUGCUUUUCUUUUUCUUGCCACGUGGUGUCGCCAUUUCUGUGGGGUUUUCCACCGGUGCUUUUUCUUCAACCUGUGCCCUGGGUUCUAGUCCCGCCCCCCCCCCCGAACUAAAAGUAGAGGUAAUUAGGUCAAUCAGGUGACACCCGCUAUAAUUUCCAAGAGCACAAUGGGGUGGUUCCUCUCGCCGCCCGCCCCCCAGGGAAUCUAAGCAGCAAAUGAAUUUGUAGAGGGGGUAAGAUUUCUGCCCCGAGGGUCAGGUUGUCCGAUGGACUCUGCAUCAUGGAGCCACUUUGCUUACAAAGGCAGACCAAGGGGUAAGCUCACCUUGCUUUGAAGCAAGGGGGCGAUCCUAACAGACCCAGGAUGUAACGUCUUUCGGCAGCUCUGUCCUCUGUGGGUUCCCAGUGGACAAAGGCACUUGCAAGUUGAGCAUCUGCUCUCCCCCUUUUUCUUAUCUGGGGGUGGGGAGGGGAGAUUGUGAAAACUCCAAAAGAGAUACAGCCCAUCCCAUCCACCCCAGCACAUAUCCAGGCCCCCUGAGACAGAUUCUGCUUACAGAGGACAUUGGUGGGCAAAGAGCUGCAUUCCUACCCUGUUCACCCCAGCAUGCAAGCUUUGCAGCAAUAAAUGCAUACAGCAGCGGGUGUUGACCUGCAUACCUAACAGCCCUCCUCUUUUGUCUCAGCUGGAAAGGAACAAUUUCUUAAAAAGUCAUGCAAAAGUCAACACCCUGCUUUUCAUCUGCUCAUCCGGCUUUAGCCUUCGAGCUGCACACCCGCUUAGAAACUCCCGGUUUAGACUUAGGCUAACAUUUGCUUUCUCCUGUAACCUUAAAAGCAGCUUAAAGAAAAGAAAAACAAUCACAGCAUAUACACUCAGAACAGAAACCUUGGACACUGUUUCAUCACACACUUUUGGG